AUGUACAGGAGGAGUUCACAUCAACCCCCAGAAAUGUCCAACGUCCCCAGGGUGAGGAAAUUCCUCCUGCUGGGAUUAUCGGAGGUCCGGGAGCUUCAGCUGUUCCUCCCGGUCUACCGAGGGAACCUGAUGGGGAAUCUCCUCAUCGUUUCCGUCGCUGCCUCUAACGGCGCCUCCACACAGUUUUUCGUCCUCAUGGCGAUGUCCUUCAACAGCUACACCGUCAUCUGCAUCCCCAUGCGCUACGAGGUCCCCAUAAAGCCAGGGGUUUGUAGGAAGAUGGCAGUCAACUCCUGGCUCAGCGGAGGGCUGUUCGGGGUCUUGCGUUCAACUUCGACCUUCUCCUUGUCCUUCUGCGGGUUCCACGUUGUCCAUCAUUUCUUCUGGGACCUCCCCUCCCUGCUGAAGAUCACCUGCUCUGAAGACCACUCAUCCAACGACGUGAGCGUUAUCUUUGACCUAACCAUAGGCGUGUUUAGUUAUCUCAAGCCUCUCUCACACUAUUCCUCGGUGUUCGACCUGCUGAUGUUCGUGUUCAACGCCGUCAUGCCCUCGAUCAUGAACCCCCUCAUCUACAGCCUGAGGAACCAGGUCUUGAAGGCUGCUCGGUGGACAGUUUUAAAAAGGUGUUUUCCCCAGACUCCUCUGUAG